AUGCUUCUCCGGUCUAUACCUCCUUUCAUCACGAGCGUGUUAUGUCUCUACACCCCCUCCGCAAUAGCAACCCUGGUAGAUCUCUCACAGUAUGUGAAUCCACUAAUCGGCUCCGAAGGCCCCGAGCCGGGAACAGCCUUCGGUGGAGGCGAUAUAUUCGUGGGCGGUGCACUGCCAUUUGGCGUGGUCAAGGUUGGGAUUGACUCAACUGCCGCAAACUGGAGCACCGCCACUCUGAAUGGCGGGUGGACCCCCGAUGGGAAUGUCACGGGUAUAAGUAUGAUGCAUGAGAGCGGAACUGGCGGAUCGCCGAAAUAUGGGCUAGUCUCACAGAUGCCGCUGACGUGUGUGGAUUCACCUGUCAACGUGCUUGAUAAUUUGACUUACAGUCAGCCGAGGGUGGAUAAAGAUAUUGCCAAAGUGGGAUAUUUCAAGAUUCAUUUGGAGAAUGGAAUCACGGUAGAGUUGUCGGCGUCGCGCCAUGCCGGAAUCAUGGAAUAUUCUUUUCCAGAUGGGGAGAAACAUAUCCUUAUAGAUGUUUCCCAUUAUCUACCUGGUAACGCUGGCGAUGCGAAUGGCCAAUUCUUUGCUGGGGGUGAGAUUCAAAUGGAAGCCGACGGCAGAGCGUACAGUGGGUAUGGAACGUAUGUUGGAGGCUGGAACAAUGGUGCUCCGUUCACUGUGUACUUCUACGGAGAAUUCUCCAAGUCUCCAGACAAUUCGCAGACAUUCUCUGGCGCGAACACAGAUCACAUGCCACGAUAUCAAAAUCUAGCCAAUGGCGGCAUGAGUGAGCCAACAUUCAGAAACACAUCCAGAAAAGUGACAUCCGGGCCUAUGAACAACCGGAUCGGGUUGCUGUUGAGCUGGAACGAUGGCCCUGCCUCGCACGUUACCUCGCGUGUCGGCAUCUCGUCCAUAUCCACUGACCGGGCUCGUUCAUAUAUACAAACAGAAAUUCCCUCGUGGAAACUGAACGACACAGUAGCGGCUGCCGUGAAGGAGUGGAAUGAAGAUGUCUUCAAUAAGGUCCAAGUGUCGCUGGAUGACUCUGCCAACAUGACUCAUGUUAGGUUGCUGUAUAGCUCUUUGUAUUUCAUCCACCUGAUGCCUUCCGACCGAACGGGGGAGAAUCCUCUGUGGGACUCGGACGAGCCAUACUGGGACGACUUUUAUACAAUGUGGGACAUCUUCCGCUGCACGGUCAGCUUUUACCAUAUCUUCCAGCCCGAGUACUACGAGUCGAUGAUACGGGCUUUGAUUGAUAUCUGGAAGCACUCGGGAUACAUGCCAGAAGGGCGUUCGGGAAACUGGAACGGACUAGUCCAAGGCGGUUCUGAUGCUGACAACGUGCUAGCAGAUGCCUAUGUCAAAGGCUUAAGAGGCGCAAUCAACUGGACGGAGGGCUAUGCGGCCAUGAAGAAAGACGCCGAAGUAACGCCAUACAAUACAUUUGACCCAACAGACCUUACGGCCAGCACGAAAGAAGGGCGCGGUGCACUUGAUGACUGGAAGGAGCUCGGAUACGUGUCACAAGAUCGGAACACACGCUGCAUCUCACGCACAGUGGAAUACAGCCUCAAUGACUUUGCAGUCAGCCAGGUCGCCGCUGGAGAAAUGCCCAGUGACCGGGAGAAGUAUCUCAAUCGAUCCGCCGGAUGGCAGAAUAUCUGGAAUCCGGAUGUGAAGAGCUUAGAAUUCACUGGAUUUAUGGCACCUCGUUUCUCGAAUGGGUCCUUCAAUAACAGCGGAUAUGACCCGCUCUAUUGCUAUGGGUGCGAGUGGCAGGAUUAUACGUACGAGGGUACUCCAUGGGAAUACUCUUUCGUGAUUCCCCACGAUGUGAAGACCCUCAUAGAAUUCAUGGGAGGGCCCAAGACUUUCGAAUCUCGACUGGACCUGAUGUUCAAACCAAACAUGUCUGUUCAAAACCUCGGCGCAAACGGCGCCGGCAUUACCACAUUGAUGAAUAUUGGAAACGAACCCGAUUUCGCCACGCCCUACCUUUACAACUACAUCAACAACCAAGCCAAAAGUGUUCACCAGUCACGCAGCCUGGCUAUUCAAUAUUUCAAGGAUACCGCCUACGGAAUCCCCGGAAACAGCGACGCUGGUGCCAUGAACUCCUGGCUUUUAUGGCAAAUGCUCGGGAUCUAUCCGAUUGUUACACAGCCCGUAUAUCUUCUCUCAUCGCCGUGGUUCCCGGAUCUUAACAUGACGAUCAGUGGAAAUAAGACACUGCGCAUCUCCGCAACCGGGCUAGAGCAAGGGUACUACGUGCAGAGCGUUAAGAUAAAUGGUGAGCAAUGGGAAAGAAACUGGUUUGAACACGAUGAUGUUAUGACGAAUGGCGGGAAGAUUGAAUUUGAGCUUGGGGAGAAUGCAAAGGCAUGGGAUACUGGCGAGGUUCCGCCUUCUCCCGGACACGUGCGAUUGGACGAGGAUUAG